AUGCAAAGGACCAUAGGGGGACGGCCUUCUAUAUGUUGUUUUUUUGCCACUUUUUGUGGAAUUCAGACAUGCGAGCACCGAGAAGCACCACUGGACGCCGGGUCUGAGGACACGCCGCAGCAUGAGCCGCCAGCACCCUCCACUCUCUCCGUUGGAGUUUCGCUCCCGUCGGAUCCUAUGAGCGGUAAAGGCCGUCAAGAAGAACAGACCUGGCCUCGGAAUGAUCCUCCUCCUGAGCAGGAGAAUAAGGCUGGCACUGCUGAUAAGUGCGUCUCCGUGAGAAUUCUUUUCCCAGCAGAUGCGCCUGGGUCAGUACCAAGACGCGAAAAAGGUUCUCAGCGCAGGAAGGUCGUGCCCAUAGAGCACCUCAUGAACAAGGGCUUUCUCAAGCACAAUUGGAUGCAUCGGAUGCGAACAGAGAGACCAUCCUGCCUCAUUCUGUGCUUCGAUUGGCGACAUGUCUACGACGUUGGGGUUCCUAGUUGCUGCGGAUGCUGCCGCAAGUUUACCGCUCCAGUAUGUUCCGAAGGCGGUCCAACGCCGCAAGCGUGUGGCUCCGAAGUUGUGAGAUGUUGCACUCGCAACGGCUGUCUAAGGCCGUUGGAGCCUCAACAAGAAGACGUCUCCAGUCUAGGAGAACAUGGGGAUGCAGCACGCACACCAAGAGGAGGCGUCCCUCCCCUUGGUGUGCGCGCUGCAUCCAGUGCGGGGAAUCCCCCUUCGUCUCUUCAGACUGGCGCAUCAAAAAUGCCUGGCGUCUCUGCCGAGAUACGUAGAGGCGCAAAAGGACGCGAAGUUGCCGCUGCCGAGGCGGAAGCUAUGGCCACCAUCGAGUUCUUCCGCGAAAAACUCCAGAGACGGAUGACAGUCCCCAAGAUGAUCGUAUUUGUUAUACUGCCAGCCGGCAUGGAAGAUCCGCAGUCUGCGGUGGGCUUCUUGAAAAAGCUGAAUCCAGCAGACAUUGCCGCCAUUUUCAUUACAUGCGGCGUUGAUGACUUGAAAACUAAGUUGGAGAAGCUCGAGCAGGUCUGCUUUGAAUGCAGCGGCGAGUACUACGAAAACGAAGCGCGGAGGUAUCGAAAGCAAACGCAAGUGACGUUCAAAGGCGACAGAUCCCAAACAAGUGCUUUUCACGUUUACCAGACCAGAGGCCUUAUAAAGGCCGGCUAUAUGCUGGAGUUUGGCCAGCAACCCCACGCGGCAAUGAAGAACUACAUCACCGCUUGGCAGUUCCUCACCGGCUAUCCACAGAUGGCCCCUGCCCUCGAGCGCAUGACUGUCUGCAACCUGAUCAGCGUGCGCAUGUACCCCAUGUAUUUCAAAGCGAAGGAGCCAGCCAAGGCGGCUCACCAUGCACGUGAACAUCGUGCAGUCUUGCGAGAAAACCUCCCCGAGUCGCCCCUCCAGGGAUACUUGCUGCCAUUGUGGCUAGCACAGCUCCACCAGCUGCUCGCUGAGCUGUGCGAAGACGCCAUGCAGGCGGAUGCCUCCUCUCUCGACACGCGCGACGUGUGGCAGCUUGCUGGCUUUCACUAUCAAGCUGCUGCUCGGUACCUCCAGCAAGUCAGGAUCUGGAUCAGAACUGCAAAAACACAUGGGAUUGCUGCGUUCACAACCUCUAGUGCACCAGAAGAUGAAGCCGCGGCUGCAGCAGCGGCUCAGGAAGAAGUCUUCCUACGCUUCAUUUUCUUCUUUAAUGAGGCCCAAGUGCUCACGCAUGCAACGCAUCUGCUGUCCAAAGCGCACAUUGCCUAUAAGCUUGUUGGCGGCUGCCGCAGCUGUCCGAUCUUAGCGUGCGAGCUUGCCGAUGCAAUGUUCGAUGGGCAUAGGAUGAUGACGGCUCGUCAGCUGUACUUCACGCUCGCCACAGCCUUUGCCUCAAAAGCGCAUGGUAAUUGCUCCUCGUGGCAGCUUGAAGGUAGGGCUAGUGAGGCGGAGAGUGGGGUAGCGGGUGUGCGAUCGCCGCAGCAGCAGCACAAGUCUGCACAGGGGUGUCGUGAAGAAGGGCUGGAAAACCAGUGUUUCGUGAGUGCGAGGCUUUCUCCUUCGCAUGCGCCAGAUGCCGAUUACGGCCCUUCGACCUAUCCCGUGGCAGUUGGCUCAAGGCCUUCAGACACCUUCAGCCCACCAGCACUAGACGACUCGCAACUGCCUGUUGAGGGGCGAAUACGGCUCUUGGGACCGACGAAGAAUACAGGCUGGUGGCCCUUGUAUUGGUAUGUGCUCGCGAGACUCACAUUGUGCGUCUCGUAUUUGUUGUCGGUUCCUCCAGCGAAAUUUCUUUUCGAGGCUGCGCAUGUUGACCCCCAUUUCAGCUCGGCAGUGGGGGAGUCGGCGUCGAAUCCGCCUUCUGGAGAAGAAGGGCAGCAGUCCCUCCCACCUCCUGGCCCUUCCAAACCUUGCGCCUCCUCCCUCUAUACGGGGGCAGUCGUCUCUGCAGGGCCUGUGGCGGAUGCGGAGAGCUGCCGCGUCGCGUUGAAGGCCUCCUUCGAGAUGCUCAACAUCCUUGCGCUGCGGGAAAACCUUGAUGACCCUUGCGGCGCGAAGCGAUCGCAAAUGGCCGUGUUUAUAGCGCAAUUGCUGCCGUUUUUGCGGCCUUUCGAGCAGCCGCAGGGGGGGAGACGGUGGCUUUUUCACGUCAACCUGCAUGCAGUGGUGAUCUGGACGGACUUCAGCUCCGAGUUGCACUUCGGCCUUCCGCUUUCAGGCAGUCGGGGGGAAGAGGAAGCCGCGCAGCGAGAAAGCUCAAGAUCCCUCGAAGAGGCGGCUCAGCAGGCAGGCACGGGGGGGGGGGGGCCAAUUGGCAAAGGCCUCCUUAUAGGCAGGGUGUGCUUUCAGCAUCGCCUCGGAUGUACUCUCGUGGUACUACGCAAUGCCGAGCUGGUAACAACUCGCGGAAACACUGCGGCUUGCCACCUCGAAGCCGUCUCGAGCAGUGCAACUCAAGAAGAGGAAAACCACGCGUUGGAGAACAGCGCAGAAGGGGCGUUCACUGACGCAGUGGGGGGCCUCACGCUAUCCCACGGCGUGCCCUCCUGCUUUGAUGUCUAUCUGAACAGCCGGGAAGUGCGAGAAAUUAGCGGAUCCACUUUGCGUGCAGUGCGCCUUUCUUGGGCGUCAUGUCCUUCCGUGUGCUUCCAGCUAGCCACCGUGUGCUCCCUCGAGAAGGGUUCCUCCUCGUGCCGUCCCCGUGGUGCAGUAGCGGAGGCUUCCUGCGAUGGGGUCGUUCCCCGCAGCUGCUGGCCGCCUUCGAUCCAACGUGCCGCGCGAUUUCACAACGUGUGCACCCCUUUGCCGCCUCUGUGCGACAUAGAACGGCCUGCACUCGCAGAGCCAUGUCUGCCAUCGCUGCGUCUCUUUAAGAAUUCCCUACAGCUUUCUGUCGGUGCCGGCGCCCUGUCCAAGUACGUGUGGAUCGGAGAACUCGCGCCGUUCGCCGUCCAGCUGGCGAUACAGCAGAGCUGGACGGCCUUCAGGUUCAGCAUCGGCGUGCAGUGCUCUGCCUUGGCGUCUGGCGGCGAUCCCCCAGCUGAAGGAUCGUCACUCUUGGAGGACGUGUUUGAGGCAUACGUUCUGGAUGGUGCCACAGCGGCACUCACGGAUUCUCAAACUGAAACAAGGCCUCCGCUUGCGGAGGUCUUGUUUCCAGCAGACAAACGUGGCUUGCUCGGCUCUUCCCGCCUCCUGCGCGUUCCCACUCGCGGAGUAGCCGGCUUGCCUUUUGCUGUGUCAGGCACAGACAGACAGACCAGUCUACUGACAUCUACACCGCCUGCAGCAGACAGUCCAGUACACGCCUCUUCUGCGUGCAGCAGCUCUGCGGCUGCACCGUAUAGAGAGUCCGUUUCGGGGGAGCCGCUGCAGACUUUUGACUUCACACACUGUGUGGCUGUUUGCGCAGGACAAGAGACAGCGAACUCGGAUCGCGAGGCAGCACCGGCAUUUCCCCUUGUGUUGGACCUAAGCGACCAGCAGUGCAACUUCGUGCAUGCGAACGCAGAAGCUGGGAGCAACAACGAGCAGCCCGAAGACGCACUCGCACAGGGAGGGCGCAGGGAUGCAUCCCGAGGAGGCAGCAAAGUUUUCUGCAUUCCCAUGUUGAUUCGUCUGCGCCGCGCGGGAACCUUUGAAAUUUGCGUCACUGUGGACGUGGCUGCAGACGGCAUCAUUCAGAAACUCACGACACGUAGCGUCGUGGAGUGCCAGCGCAGCGUGGAGGCUUCCUUCACAGCCGUGUCUUUCCCCCUUGUAGAGAAGGGGGGGAGGCCACGCGACGCUCGUUGCAUCAGCAUCACGAAUGUUUCAAGCCUUCCGCUGCAGCUAACCAGCGUUGAGCUUCUCGGACUUGCAGAGCACGACAUCCGAGCUCCCACUUCUCCAGCAACAUUUACUCAGCGUAGGCUCGCCUUGACGGCUCCAGAGAUGCUGCCUUGCUGCUUGCUGCCAAACGAAUCAUGGUCGGGACUUGCGGUGGCCCUCGACGCAACUGUUCAACAUGCAGUGCGUUUGAAGUACUCCAGAACACCUGAAGAUCUGCCUCUUCCGUUUCGUUGCCUGGACGGGGGCAUCACGGAGAACCUGAGUGUCGUCAGUCUUCCACGAAUGCGACUUCCCUGCAGCAUCUCCUCUCGUGGUGCAAGCGCUCGGGUGUCUGCAUACCUAUGCAUGUAUGCAUAUAUGCUUUCGACUGACAUGCAUGCGUUGGACUGAACCUGUUCUGCGCAUGAACUGCAGGUGCGACUUCCGGAGAUCAUCAAAUCCGUUUCCCUGCAGUACUUGCAGAUCGCUUUGAAGUGUCCCACUACCGCCUGUGUCGGAGUGCCGUUUGCAUUCUCGGCAGCCUUUGAAAAUUUGACUCGGGAGGCGAUGGAGCUGGCCGUCUCUCUGUCAUACCGUCCUGACGGCGCCCCUUCCAGCGAUACCGGUGACUCUGGUGGUCGCAGCUUCGUGUCACAACUUCCCGACUGCCCCUUUAUGAUUGGAGGCACAAUAAGGACGCAGAUUAUCAUUCUGCCUAGGGAUACAACUGUCAAGCAUUGGACCCUCGUGCCCUCUAGGCCAGGAUCUUUCGCGUUGCCGACUGUGUUGGUGGAGGGCAAAGUGAAGCCGCUUGGCGUCGAAUCGCGGAGGGGUCCGGCAGCAGCAAGCGAGGUCACGAGCGACAACGAUGGCCAAGCCCACUGGGAGUGCGCGUCAGACUCAGCGCGUGUUGUUGUCUUUUCAAAAACGUGA